UUCCACACUGUGGCGGGUCAUACUCAGGUCAAUUCCGUAAUUCUAUGUCUUUAGAAAGCACUGCUUACGUACGUGUAGUUCCCAAACUCUUUCCCGAUUCAUUAGACCGCACCAAAUUUACGUCUCUCUAACGAACCCUAAUCUCAUCAAUUAGGGUUUCUAUUUCCCACGAGCUUCACUUCACUUCACUCCCGCUUGAUGAUCACGCUAUACAUUCCCCUACCUUUCCCUCCCAAUAUUUCUGAAUUUCACUCGCGCAUGCUCCAAUCUUUUCCCCAAUCACAACCCUCCCUCGGUUUUUAUUCCAAUUGCACUGGGAGAUAAUCAAAAGCUCUUCACAAUUUCAUUCCCCCUCUCCCUUUCAAUCCCGAUUAACUCGAUCAGAUAAACGCACUCUAAUCACAGACUCUAGCUCGCUCGAUCAUGGACGUGGAUGGGGGCACCAAGCGUGUGUACAACCGUCUCGGCGGGGACGGGAAGCACCAGAAAGUGUGUUUCCACUGGCAAGCGGGCAAGUGCAAUCGCUACCCGUGCCCUUUUCUGCACAGCGAAUUGCCCGCAUCUUCCCACUCCAACGGGGCCUCCUCGAAGCGUGCGUACGACAAUUCGGGCUUAUCGGGAUUCUCGGGCCAGCGCGGACGCCCCAAUUUCAACAACACGUGGGGCCGUGGAGGGGGGCGCGGAGGCGGCGGCGGUAGAGGGGUGGUGGUCAAGGCGGAAAAAGUUUGCAAUUAUUGGAUUCAGGGGAAUUGUAGUUAUGGAGAGAGGUGUAAAUUCCUUCACUCUUGGAAAGUGGGAGACGGCUUUUCUUUGCUGACACAGCUCGAAGGGCAUCAGAAGGCUGUGAGCGCAAUCGCUUUUCCCUCUGGUUCAGAUAAGCUGUAUACUGGAAGCACUGACGAGACGGCAAGGAUUUGGGACUGCCAGUCUGGAAAGUGUGUAGGUGUGAUCAAUCUUGGUGGUGAAGUUGGUUGCAUGAUCAGUGAAGGCCCCUGGGUUUUUGUUGGGAUACCCAAUUCUGUCAAGGCCUGGAACACUCAAAAUUUAAUGGAGCUAAGUCUAAGUGGCCCAGUCGGACAAGUUUAUGCUCUUGUUGUAAACAAUGAUAUGCUCUUUGCUGGUACACAGGAUGGAUCUAUAUUGGCAUGGAAGUUUAAUGUAGGUAACAACUGCUUCGAGCCAGCUGCAUCACUUAAAGGUCAUUCUCGUGGUGUUGUUUCAUUAGUUGUUGGUGCUAAUAGACUUUACUCCGGGUCAAUGGACAAUACAAUAAGAGUAUGGAACCUUGAAACCUUGCAAUGUAUACAGACACUAACAGAGCACACAUCUGUUGUGAUGUCUGUUCUCUGCUGGGAACAAUUCCUUUUAUCUUGUUCCUUGGACAAAACUGUGAAGGUAUGGUAUGCUACAGAAAGCGGAAACUUGGAAGUGACAUAUACUCACAAUGAGGAACAUGGCAUACUUACCCUAUGUGGGAUGCAUGACUCACAAGGCAAGCCCAUUUUGUUGUGUGCUUGCAAUGAUAACACUGUGCGCCUCUAUGAUCUGCCAUCAUUUGCAGAGAGGGGUAAGAUAUUAACUAAACAAGAGGUACGAGCGAUGCAGAUAGGGCCUAACGGCAUAUUCUUCACCGGAGACGGUACUGGUGAAGUAAGAGUGUGGAAUUGGUCAGCGGAGACAACCGCUACCGUCCAAUAAAGUGACAUUUACAAUAUGUUCCGUUUAAAUGUUUUACUAGUUUCUUCUGGUCUUCCUUUUUGUAAUCGUUUUAGCUGCAAGAAGGGAAUUAAGGCUGAGGUCGGGAAGAGGCAGAAAAGGAGAGGUAAAGGGAUUGUACGUAAUUUAAGUUUGCGGAAGUAGUCUUGCGUUUAGAAUCUGAGCUUUGGUUUUAGUGUUGAGUGGAUAUCCUUGGCGCAAAGCUGUGCUCAAGUAGGGCGUUUUCUAUUGAUGCUUGUAACAUUUUGUGAAUUCACAACAUUAUUUAGCAUUAUUCCUUAACACCGAUAUGCGUAUACGUACCGAAUAAACGUUUGUUACUUGUCAUUUACAAGUAACUGGUCUUGUUUCAUCUGCUGUAUUAUUUUUCUGGUGAUCAUGAGCUUGACGAAAUAUGAACACGAUAACUGUUGUUUUCUUUUUUAUUUGUAUAAUUAGGAGGCAUAGUCCCUUCUUACUCA